AUGAAUGCAGUGGUGUCGGAUGAGGUUGCCACGUACUUCUCACAUCCAGAACAGAUGUUUCCGGAAAUCGAAAAUGGCAAAGUUCCAACCGAACAGUUCCUUAGAGCUUGCCAAGGCAUAGCUGAUUUUGUAGGUUUUCUAGGGACAGCAUUUAUUCCGAUCAAGAAUGAUAUCAGCGGUAAUGUUGCCAAGGUUAGAACAAAAUACGAAAGUGGAAUAGACAAAUGCAAAUAUAUCGAGGAUCUAAUCGAAGAUGAUCUCGCUAAAAAUAGCGGAAAAAUGGGCUCAGCCACCGAAGGGCUAUUAUGGUUGAAAAGAGGUUUAGAAUUCAUGCUUGAAUUUUUGUCGGAAAUGGUGCAGGUGUACCGAUCUUCAACAGACAAAACAAAAACUGACAAUUUAACUGAUUCUAUCAACAAAGCUUAUAAUAAUACGCUCAAAAGGCAUCACGGGUUUAUAUCAAAGCAGUUGUUUAAGAUCAUUAUUUUGGCAGCUCCAACUCGGAGUACCGUUUUGAAAGCACUUGCCGAAGGAGGAGAAGGUAUGGACGAUAUAUGUAUUGAUCAUGUCGCAGCACACCUCGAUAACUUCAGGACUAACGUAACUAGUAUUGUUAAUUAUUAUAUCACCAAAAAAUUAGACACUCCGAAUCCAUUGUUGAGAAAUUAA